UGCCGCGAGCGCCUCUUCCAGGCACUGGAGCUCUCCCCCAGCCGGAGGAUCAACUGCUCGGGGAUCGUCCGCGGGGAUGAGGAAGCCCUCCGGAAGGCCCAGCUCAGCAACCUGGAGGUCGCCAACAAGAGGCUUUCCCUGACACCCGACGAGUACCUGAACAUGACAAAGGACUGCCGCAGCUUCAAGGACACCCGGCGGUUCAUCGAGUUCCCGCUGAGCCAGGAGGAGGCAGAGUUCCCCAUCGCCUACUCCAUGGUCAUCCAUGACAAAAUCGAGAUGUUCGAGCGGCUUCUGAGGUCCCUCUACGUCCCCCAGAACAUCUACUGCGUCCAUGUUGACCGCAAGUCCCCGGCUGCCUUCCAGGAGGCUGUGCGGGCCAUCGUAGCCUGCUUCCCCAACGUCUUUGUGGCUAACCGCCUGGGAAAAAAGUGGCUCUACAUCCUCAACACCUGCGGCACCGAUUUCCCCAUCAAGACCAACGCCCAGAUCGUCCAUGCCCUGAAGACGCUGCAGGGGCGGAACAGCAUGGAGUCAGAGAAGCCCUCGGCCUUCAAGCAGAAGCGUUGGCAGUACCACCACACAGUGGGGACGUUCAUCUCCCGGACAGCCACGGAGAAAAUGCCGCCGCCACACAACUCUCCCAUGUUCACGGGCAACGCGUACAUCGUGGUCACGCGGGCCUUCGUGCAGUACAUCUUCAAGAACCCCACGGUGCAGCAGUUCCUCGAGUGGGCCAAGGACACCUACAGCCCUGACGAGCACGUCUGGGCCACCCUCAACCGCAUGCCCGGUGUGCCAGGCGCCAUGCCCCAGAAUGACAAGUUCCAUCUCUCGGACAUGAACGCCCUGCCCCGCCUG